AUAAGACUAUGAAACAACUAUAUAGCCCCUCCAUGAUCUAUUAUCACCGCUAUAGCACUUAGCCAAUCUUCUUCAUUCUUCGCCAGCUUUCUACAUAUAAUUCUUCAUCAACCACUUUAUUUAGAUCCAAAAUCUGAUUUCCUAGGUGGUAGUGUUUGAAUUUAGAGGAGAAUGGAAGGUGGAGGAAGCUAUGGGAGUGAUCUCGACAACCUUAAAGCAACCGAGCUAAGGCUUGGGCUGCCGGGGACCGAUGAGCCUAAGAAGCUACCAUCGAUGCUCCCUAGGAGUAGCAAAUGGGCAAUCUUGGAGGCUACAAAGAGAAGUUCCUCGGAGAUCAAGUCAGUUGAGAAAGACCAAAAACCAGCAGCAAAGGCACAAAUUGUGGGGUGGCCACCAAUCCGAUCAUAUAGGAAGAAUAGCUACCAAGCAAUGAAGAUGGAGGCAGAGACCACUGGAAUGUAUGUGAAGGUGAGUAUGGAUGGGGCUCCUUAUCUGAGGAAAAUUGAUCUCAAGGUCUACAAGGGGUACAAGGAGCUCAGAGAGGCCUUGGAGGAUAUGUUCAAAUGCUUUUCCUUAGGUGAGAUUUCAAGGAUGGACGAAAGCAAUGUGUAUGAAUAUGCUAUCACGUAUGAAGAUAAAGAUGGGGAUUGGAUGUUGGUUGGAGAUGUUCCAUGGGAGAUGUUCCUCUCCUCAUGCAAAAGAAUGAGGAUAAUGAAAGGAUCUGAAGCAAAAGGCUUGGGUUCAAUCCCAUGACUAUUCCCACCUUGCAUUAGGUAUUUGAGAGAGAUGAAAACAUGUCAGGGACAUGUUGGCUUCUAUUUUUGCUUGGUUCUCCAAAUUCUUGGAAAUUUCUCGGAUGGAACGCUGGACACUGGAUCUCUUAUGCAAUUCGUCUCACCACCAAAACCAGAUCCAUAGAGAAAAAAGAAAAAAAAAAAAGAGAGGUUGUGCUACGAGUUUUGCAAUAGACUACUCAAAUCUUAGGCACCAUUUCUAUUAUGCAAUUGUAUAAAGGAAAUUAAGGAAUUCUACUCUUCUUUUUGGUUUUGUUUUGGUACAAUCUUUCUGCUUUUUUGAUUUUGUUAAAAGAAUAGAAAUGUCUGAAUUUUUUAUGGGCAUGUAUUUAUAUUAUCAAAGCAAAUGUAAGAGGAA